AUGGCUCCAUCAAAACGAAAAGACCCCAAAGCAUUUCCUACGCGCCAACUGGCCGUUCUCGCGAUAUGUCGAUUCUCCGAGCCCAUCGCCUUCAAUUCUAUCUUGGCCUACACCUAUAAGAUGGUCAAGGAUCUCGGCAUGGAGGAAGACGCCGGUUUCUACGCAGGUCUUUUGAUCUCCGCCUACGCCGUCGCCGAGGCCAUCACCUCAAUGGGAUGGGGAACCCUGUCCGAUCGCAUUGGUCGCAAACCAGUCGUGCUAUUUGGUCUCGUCGGUGUCGCCAUCUCGAGUCUGAUUUUUGGUUUCGCAAAGACGUAUUGGGUUGCCCUACUUGCCCGUUUUGUUGGUGGCGCUCUCAACGGCAACGUUUCCGUCAUGCAGACCAUGGUGGCAGAAAUGGUCAAAAAUCCCGACCAUGAGCCCAAGGCCUACGCCGUCCAACCCUUCGUAUGGACACUGGGCGGCAUUAUUGGCUCUGCCAUGGGCGGUUUCCUCGCCCAACCCGCCGUCUACUACCCUUCGGUCUUCUCUGAGGAUGGCAUUUUCGGCCGGAAUCCCUACUUGCUUCCGAAUCUCGUGUCCAUGGCAGCAAUCUCCCUGGCCGUCUUGCAGGGUGCUUUCUUUUUGGAGGAGACUCUCGAAUUCGAGGAGGACGAUGACCUCCACAACGGUCGCAAUAGCGUCGCCGUGGACGAUGAUGACGCCGUCGAUGAGACCACGCCCCUGCGCCGCGCACCCAUCCGGACCUUCAACCCGCGACGUUCCAUUUCCACUAGCCAUUCGCGACCGCGCUUCGCUGAAUCGAGCUUGCCUUUGCCAUUCGAGCACGACUUUGACCUCAGGAGAUCGUCCUUUGGAACGGUACACUCAAUCAAGGUCAUCCCUGAAGACCUGCGCCAACACCUCCUGAACUCGCGUGCCCAGGCGACGGGGCAGAAGAAGGUCAAGACGUUCAACAAGACCGUCGUCAUGCUUAUCAUUGCCUUCAUCAUCUUCUCGUACCACCAGAUGGCCGCCGGUACUCUAUUGCCCACGUAUCUGCUCGACGACCCUUCCGACAAGAAGCAUCCGCGCGGACAACUCGAUUUCCGGGGCGGUCUGGGAUACUCCCUCCACGAUGUCGGUGUGUAUCUGGCCAUCAACGGUGUCCUUGGACUGCUCAUCCAGGGUCUUAUUUUCCCCAUCUUUGUAGAACGCGUCGGUGUUUGGGGCUCCUUCAUUUCCAUGAUUAUCGUAUACCCAACUGCGUAUUUGCUGCUGCCCUUCUUGUCCGCCCUACCUGAAAGCCUCACCGAGGCUGGGAUCUGGUUCUCCCUCAUCAUGCAGAGUUUCUACGGCAUCAUCAUUGGCCCCGUUACCCUGAUCCUGAUCAAGAACGCGACGCCCACUUCGCAAGCCCUCGGAAAGGUCAAUGGCGUAGCCAUGUCCGGUGCCUGUCUGGCGAGAACUGUCUCCCCGCCUCUCGUGGGAAUCAUUUACAGUUUCGCUGGUUCUGCUGCCGCCUGGUUUAGCUGUGCCCUCUUCGCCGUCAUCGGACUAAUCCAGGUCAUCUGGGUGCCCAAGAAGCACAUCGACGUGGACCACGUGGAGAUUGACAAUGCCAUUUCGAGACGUUUCUCGGUCACGUCCAUGAGGAGAGACAGCAUCGAAUCAACCCGUGGCCGCCGCCCGAAUGGUAUUGUUUAG